GGAGAUGAGUAGAACAUACAUUAUUAUAUUGAUAAAUGCUUUUCGUUUGUAAACACUCGCUAGGCAACUGGUAUUGGUUUUAAUCAAGCUUUAGAUGAUGACUGAUGCGGGAUGGGAUGACUUGUAACUCGAGAUAAGAAGACAGUUUUAAUAAAAGAAGAUGGCGACGUGUAUUUUACCUACUAUAUUUGAAGUUUCUGAAUAUUCCGAUAGUUGUACACCAAAUAGUUUACCAGAAGUAGACACCGGUACAGAUAGUGAUUUUUACGAUACCGAUUUAGAAACAGAAGAAAUUGCUAAUUAUGGACAGAAAGAUAACGACAAAGAUAAAGAUUCUACACCCAGAGCAGAAGAUAUUUACAUAUGUAAAAAUGUAUAUCUAGAAUCCUGUCGGGUUGAUUACAAGAAGGACUGGUGUAAACAAGAGAUUGUACCGCAGACGAGAAUAGUCGACUCACUGGCUUCUAAAACAAUUAAUCUUCAAUAUCGUUCACUAGGUGCAUCCCACAUGACACCUCUGGCUAAAUCUUUACAGAAUAACAUGAGAGUAGAGAGGCUUAUAUUAGAUGGAUGUGAUAUACAAGCAGAAGGAAUGCAAUAUUUAGCUGAAGGUUUAGCAGAUAAUGUUACAGUACAGUUUCUGAAUCUGGCCAAUAACAACCUGAGAUAUGAAGGAGCUAAAUGGGUAGCGUAUCUUUUACUCAAGAAUAAAAUCAUUAGACAUGUUAUAUUAUCAGGUAACAAGUUUGGUGAUGAUACAGCCAAGUUUAUUGGUGGAAUUAUUGAGGUAAACAACAGUCUGACGUAUCUAGAUUUAAGUCAUAAUGAAUUUAGAGAAAAGGGUGGACAGAUCAUUGGAGCUGCUUUAGGUGAAAACUAUAGAUUGGAUACAUUACGUCUUGGUUGGAAUGGUCUGAGAAAUCAAGGUGCAGUAGCUAUUGGUCAAAGCUUACAGUAUAACGAUACACUGAAGGUUCUAGAUGUAAAUAUGAAUGGUUUUGGCUAUGGUGGAUCUUUAGCACUGAAGAUAUCUUUAAAAGAGAACACGACAUUACGGGAAUUAGAUGUUUCUAAUAACAGUAUUAACUGGAAGGGAGCUCAUUUAAUAUCACAAGGCCUUCAUCAUAAUAUAGGACUAGAGAUAUUACGGAUUGGGAAGAACAGCCUGACAACUACUGGUUGUAUGGAUCUGGUGGAAGCCAUUUCACAUGAAAACAGUUCCUUAAAAUUACUCGACUUACAGGGUGUGAGUGUAACCGAUGAGACUGAACUGCUAGCCGCCGCCAUUAGUUCCAAUAGAGAGUUCAGAAUACAACAUGGCGGUGUGGUUAGAUGUCCUGACACACUCGGAAUUAGAGAAGAUAAGGAACCGAACCACAUGGCUAAAUUGAUGAAGUUUAUUAAAUCCUCCAUGAUCAGACCUUUAGAAUUAUUGAGAGAUUUCGAUAAAACAACUAAAAACAGUGUUUCUGAAGAUGAGUUUGUCAAACGAAUGGAGAAAGUUGGUGUUCCUUUACACAAGUUUCAGAUGCGAGAAUUAGCCAGAGAAGUUUGUAGUCAACACGGUACUGAUGACGUAGAUUAUAAGAAAUUAUCAGAUGCUGUUACAAAUCAAAUUCUGCGUAGCCGGGUCAAUGUUUAUAAGGAACGGGACGAAAAGAAGCGACUAAAAGCUUACAAUGAAAGUAUUUUAGGGAGUGGUUUACCAGCGUUAGAUAUUGCCAGUAAAGGUCACGGGCGUCGAACUGGCUCUGAUGCUUCUCCACUUUUAACCAAUCGCGACGGAAGCUUAUCUGAUACGCAGAAUAUAACAAUGACGUCAUUUCCGAGUAUUCUGGAUAGCUUACUGGUAGGGAAACUUGCAACAGACGAAGGUAUUGAUAUGGUUGAUUCAACCAAAUCACCAACAAAGUUAUUGCUAUCACGACCAUUAGAGGACGUGAGUAAGAAGGAGAAAAAGAAAAAGAAAAUAAAAAGAAAAAAGGGACCACUUGAGCAUCCCGAAGGAGGCACGUGUGUUGAAGUUUAUUCAUAAUUCAGUACACUGUCAAGCAGCUGCAAUUUAAUUUAGGUUAUUGACACAGAAACCUUGCGUCCAUAUCUGCCCGGUUAUCUGCCCUUGGGUAUAUAAUCCAAUAUAUUUUGCGCUUGUAAUAUGUGCUAGACAUUGCCCAGCAUCAGUGCACCCAUUGUUCACCUGUAAUGGAUCAUUGAAAUGUGUCUUAGUAUUAGAUUUUCCGUGGUUCAACUUCCAACUGUGUCCCACUAAUUGAGAUACGGUAAUCUGCUGUAUAAAUAUCUGGCAAAAUACUUUGCGAUAUACAGUGCAAAGUAUAACUGAACGUUGUUUAGUUUCGGUAGCGGACAGUGUCAUAAACUGGAGUAUUUACUCCACAAAAACACUUGGUACUAAAUCUUAGAGAUCUUAUUGUGUGACUAAUAUCCAGUUACAUUCAAUCUGACGUGGGGUGUACAAGAAUUCAUAUGUUUAUCCACAAAAGCAAAGAUUCGGUAACUUGUCAUAUGAACGUUUUGGCGUUAAUGGCCAACUUCGGACAUGCAUAGUUGUGAUAGUAGUAAAAUUAGUUUAGCUAAAACUAUACAUUCAACUUGUUUAGAAAGAUCAGGGUUAGUACAGAAUCUCUCCACUGCCUGAUCUGGAAACCGAAUGUUCACAACAAGCACAAUUUGGUUAUACUAAAGUCUAGCCCGAAUGGCCGAAUGAUUUGAUGUCAUAGUGAUGAACAUAGUAAAGAACACCGUGAAGAAUGUGACCUCAUAUUGAAACAUUCUCUCAUUUCGAUUUUCCACAAUACGAGAAUGUGUCAUUUAUUUUUACUUGGUAUAGAAGCCGGGUGGUCUACAUACCUAGUCACCCACUGGCUUCCUUAUGCAUCGAUAAGCAUGGUUAGCGAACCAUCUCGGCGGGUUUUUCUUAAUAACAGGAUUAAAUAACGAUAACGGAGCUACCAGCACUGCUUUCGGGUAUUUGUGGGUUAUAAACAAUAUUCACAAUCACUAGCUCUAUUAUCCAUAAUCCCAGCACUGCAUAAUAUGUUGUUAUGAAGGGGUUAUUAUCAUGGCUAAGAGUAUUAUUAUGGCUGUAUAUAAUAUGUUGUUAUGAAGGGUUAUGGUGUUGCGCCUAAGAGUAUUAUUAUGGUUGUAUAUAAUAUGUUGUUAUGAAGGAAUUAAUGUUGAGUCUACGAGUAUUAUUAUGGUUGUAUAUAAUAUGUUGUUAUUAAGGAAUUAAUGUUGCGUCUACGAGUAUUAUUAUGGCUGUAUAUAAUAUGUUGUUAUGAAGGGAUUAUGAUGUUGCGUCUAAGAGUAUUAUUAUGGUUGUAUAUAAUAUGUUGUUAUGAAGGGAUUAUGAUGUUGCGUCUACAUGUAUUAUUAUGGUUGUAUAUAAUAUGUUGUUAUGAAGGAAUUAUGAUGUUGUAACUACAAGUAUUGUCACGACUGUAUAUAUGUUAUUAUCAAGGGAUUAUGAUGUUGCGUAUACGAGUAUUGUUACGGCUGUAUGAUAUUGUUUUGUGGGGUUUAUGAUGUUGUCUCCUUUGAGAAUUAUUUCGAUUGCAUUACUUUGUUAUUUAGGUAAUUUUAACAACUAUAUUUUUUAUGUGCCAAUUAUGUGAUGUGAGUAUUACAAUGUUCUUCUUUGUAGUGUGUCUAUGAGUACUGCUAUUGUUACUGUUUGUUGGGGUUGGGAGGGGGAAGUGUAUUAUGAUUGUAUAUAUUGUUAUGAAGGGAUUAUUGCAGUAUGUAUAAAAGUAUUUUUACGGUAUUAUUAUAAAAUUAUGUGGAAAUGAUUAUGUUAUUUCAAUGAUUAUUGCUAUGUUGAAUUUACGCAAUAAAUAAUACA